CGUGUGUGUUUGAUGGACAAGGCAAUGAGUUUGUUGAAAGAGAUGUUGCUUGUUGGUUUUGAACCGAGUGCGUCGACGUUUGUUUCGAUUUUAUCAGUUUGGAAAAAUGGAUGAAGCAAGGAAGGUUUUUGAUUUUUUGGAUGAAAAGUCAAUAGUUUCUUGGACAACUAUCAUGGGGGGUUAUAUGAAGGUUGGGUGUUUCAUUGAAGCGUUUAAAUUAUUUAAUCAAAUGCAACGUCAAAGUAUUGAUAUUGACUUUGUUGUGUUACUAAAUCUUAUUUCCGGUUGCGUACAAUUAGGAAAAUUUUUCUUAGCUUCAUCGGUUCACUCUCUUGUACUCAAAUGUGGGUGUGGUGAAGCAGAUUCCAUUCAAAAUUUGUUAAUAGCUAUGUAUGCAAACUGUGGUAACCUUACAUUUGCUAGAAGGAUAUUUGAUGCGAUCGUUGGAAAAAGUGUUUUAUCAUGGACAUCAAUGAUUGCAGGAUAUACUCGUUCAGGUCAUCCAUCAGAAGCAUUGAAUCUAUUUAGAAGGAUGGUAAGAACAAAAACUAGACCUAAUGGAGCAACCCUUGCAAUUGUUUUAUCAGCUUGUGCUGAUUUGGGAUCACUCAACACUAGACAAGACAUUGAAGAGUACGUUUUCGAAAACGGAUUUGAAUCGGACCAACAAGUUCAAACGUCUCUCAUACACAUGUACUCUAAAUGUGGUAGCAUCAAGAAAGCAAGAGAAGUAUUUGACAGGGUCAAAGAUAAAGAUUUAACUAUUUGGACUUCCAUGAUAAAUAGUUAUGCCAUCCAUGGAAUGGGGGAUGAAGCUAUCAGCCUCUUCGAAAAAAUGACAACUUCAGAAAGGUUAAAACCGGAUGCCAUUGUUUAUACUAGUCUUUUGCUUGCAUGUAGCCAUUCAGGAUUGAUAGAAGAUGGAUUAAAGUACUUCAAAAGUAUGCAAACAGAUUUCGGAAUAACUCCUACAAUAGAACAUUAUACUUGUUUGGUAGAUCUUUUAGGGCGAGUCGGACACCUUGACCUAGCUUUAGAUACAAUUCAGGCGAUGCCGUUGGAAUUACAAACACGAGCUUGGGGUUCGUUGCUUAGUGCUUGUAGGAUCCAUGACAAUGUUAAACUGGGAGAGCUUGCGGCUGUCAAGUUAUUAGAACUUAGUCCAGGAAGUUCUGGAAGUUAUGUAUUAAUGGCUAAUUUGUACACCUCAGUUGGAAAGUUUAACGAGGCGAAUACAAUGCGAAACUUGAUAGAUGGUAAAAGAAUGGUUAAAGAAUGUGGUUGGAGCCAGGUUAAGGUUAGUGGUUGAUUUAAUGUUUGCCAUGACAAAUCAAUCAAAUUAUUGCAGCAAUAUUGAAAGAUUAAUUGAAAAAGAAAAUAGAUUAGGGGAACCCCUAAAAGCUAAGGUUAUGCAACAAGUUGUUGAACUUGCAUUUGGUAAUGUCAGUAGUACUUUCAGGCUCCAGCAUUAGAAGAACAUGGAAUCAUUUCCAUAAAUGUUGAUAAGUGCUUUCUAAUGAAAAUAUCAGUGUGUAGUUGAAUUUUAAGUCUGGUUCUUGUUAAAGUAAGUACUUAAGGUGAAAUGAUACUUGUUACUUUUAUGUGAUUCAAAUUGUGUACAAAGGGAAAGACAUGUAAAUUGAAAAUACAAUAACUUAAUUAUCCUUUAUGAUAUAGACAUUCCUUGAUGACUA